GAUUGGUUAAACUUAACGGCACAGCUACGACGUUACAAUAAUGACAUAAUGUUAGUACAAUGGGUAGGUCCAGAUAUAAAAAACUCUGAUGAAAACAUCAUUCAAUUCGAUCAAACGAGUUUGGGUCUACCAACUAGAGAAUACUUUUUACAAGACAUGAAUCGCAGAUAUCUGCAAGCUUACCAGCGUUUUAUGUCUGAAGUCAUGCAAAAGCUAGGAGCAUCCCAAGAAAUUGCUGUGAAGACUGCCGCUGAGAUUGUAGGUUUCGAAACUCAACUUGCGGGCAUCACUUCUCCAGCAGAUCAGCGGCUAAACGUAACCAAACUUUACAAACGGAUGACACUAAAACAGUUACACGAAAUCGUACCAGAAAUAAAUUGGGUGCGCUAUUUAACAAUUUUACAGGAGCGCAAUGUGCAGGAUUCCGAACAGAUUGUGGUAUAUGCCAUGGAUUAUAUGCAGGAAUUAGUAUCACUACUUGCAACAACUCAACCACGUACCGUUUCUAAUUACAUACUUUGGCGUUUUGUACGCCAUCGUAUUAAUAAUGUUGAUGAUCGAUUUGAAGAUAUCAAACAAAAUUUCUAUCACACCCUUUUUGGUCGUGAAGAAAGCCCUUCUAGAUGGAAAGUUUGCAUUGCUCAAGUAAACACCAAUAUGGGCAUGGCAUUAGGCUCUAUGUUCGUCAAAAAAUACUUUGAUGAGAAUAGUAAACGUGAUACACUUAGAAUGACACAUGAAUUACAACAAGCAUUUCGUGAUGUACUCAAAACUACUGACUGGCUAGAUCCAACUACAAAGCAUUUAGCAGAAUUGAAAGUUAACGCAAUGUCUCUCAAAAUUGGUUAUCCCGAUUUUAUAUUAAAUCAAGCUGAACUUAAUGAAAAAUAUGCUGGUAUUGAAAUACAUCCAGAAAAGUAUUUUGAAAAUACCCUAAACGUAUUACUCCAUACAUCAAAAAUUGAACAGGGAAAAUUACAGGAAGCUGUAAACAAGACAACAUGGCAAACUGCUCCAGCUAUAGUUAAUGCAUAUUAUAGCCGUAACAAAAAUCAAAUAAUGUUUCCGGCAGGUAUAUUACAGCCACCAUUUUACCAUCGCCACUUUCCAAGAGCACUCAACUUUGGUGGCAUCGGUGUAGUUAUCGGGCACGAACUAACUCAUGGCUUUGAUGACAAGGGUCGAUUAUUUGAUAAGAAUGGUAGCAUACACAAAUGGUGGACAGACUCUGCUAUUAAAGGAUUCGAUGAACGUGCUCGAUGCAUAAUUGCACAAUAUAGCAACUAUACAGUUGGAGAAGUUGGUAUAUCCCUUAAUGGAGAAAGUACUCAAGGAGAAAAUAUAGCAGACAACGGUGGACUGCGCCAAGCUUUUCAUGCUUAUAAGCGUUGGUUGGUAAGCAACCCUCAAGAAGCAUCUGAUGAACGAUUACCUGGCAUUGAUAUGAGUGGAGAGCAGUUAUUCUUUUUAAAUUUUGGUCAAGUAUGGUGUGGAGCUAUGCGUCCAGAAGCUGUUCGUAAUAAGUUAAAUACUGCCAUACACAGUCCAGGAAGGUUUCGCGUAAUUGGCACACUUUCGAAUUCCAACGAUUUUGCACGUGAGUUUCGGUGUCCUAGAGGUUCUCCAAUGAAUCCAGUUCACAAAUGUAGUGUAUGGUAAAGACGACUCAAAAUAGUAUUACCAAUGAAUACAGUCCAAAUCAUUCAAACCAAUUUACUCCUUGUUUUUCCCACCAAUAUCAAGUAACACUUAUCAAUGACUUCUUAGAAGUUUCAGCUAAGCGAAGCUAUCGUUUUCUUGUAGAUUUUGUUCCAUGUACUGAUGUUUCUCAAACUGUGUCACUCUAUAAAUUAGACAAGGAUUAUAAAGAGCCUAAGGCGCAAGCAAUCAAACAUUAAUUUUAAGCAAUGCAUUUUAUUUUUUAAAUAUUUUGUUUUAAUUUUAUUUAUUAAAUUAUCUA